UCGAUUUAGACAGAAGCUUUGGAGACAAUGGAUAUUAUAAGAUCGAUAUGAUCGGGAAAAUACAAACAAAACAAACAGAAUCAGUGGAAGUAGAAUAGCUGUCAAGUCUGAAUGACGACACAAUGCAACAUACUUGACAAUCCCCUUAUCCAGUCAAUUUCCCAUUGCUCUUCCCAAUCCAAAAAGACGACGUUCCAACUCAGUACAAGAGAAACGUGCAAUUUUUCUAAGUAAAAAAAAUCACAGAAUGUAAGAAACACACACAGCCUCCCAACCGCCCCCACCCCUAAAUAAAUCGAUGUACAACUUUAUAUAACGCUCUUUGUGUUGGGAACCGUAAGUCACAGUUGACGUAAAGGACAAAGAUACACAUGACUGUUAACUAGCGCUUUGAGCUCAAAGUAGUCCAAAAUUCUUCACGUAUUUAUUCACUUGAUCGUAAGUUCCGGGUCAUUUGUUAAGGUGACUCUCUGACGGUUUCUUCUGCCCUUUCGUCUCACCAUGGCUUUUACGUUUCAUAAAAUACAUCGGAGUUUGUGCUUUGCUAUGAUUAUUACGGGUAUCUUUUCUAAAGAGCGAGUACAGUAUGUUCUAGCGUUUCCAAAACAUCUCAACUACGCCGUUCCUUCAUUGGCCAUCUCGCCUUUCUCACAAGACUUCGCUCAAAACACUGAGGUCACUGUAACAGCACCCGCACGUACGACGUCAUCAGGUGAAAUACAGACUCAGGAAUAUACACACAACUUUACGUCCACCUCAAACGAGCAAUGGCUGCUGAACCUGGAGUAUUUGGCUCAUUUCGACAUUUCAGGUAUCGGAAAGAAACAAGGAAUUGUCGUAACUUCUACAGCCCAGCUAGUCGUCCAGGCAAGAAGUUUGAAAGUUAGACUUACAAAGCCUAAAAGCAGUUAUAAAAGUUCUGGAGUGUUUAAUGUUAUGCCUAUUAUCCUGUUAUCCUAUGAAUAUUUAGUGGUCACAGAAUGUGUGAUUUCGUUUUGUGUUCUUCUUGUCGUGAACCCCGAAGGGAUCAAUGAAGUCACGAUUGAACUAAAACUGGAGCCAACGCAAAGCAAUAUCACGUACAAAGAAAUAUACUUUCAUUCUGGACAAUUUUUACAGGAAUCAUUAGGACCCCUUGAUGUUUUGCAGAUCUUGGCCAAGAAAACAGACCUCACAGGCACAUGGGUCAAGGCACAGAGGAGCAUAGCGGUCAUUGCAGGUGCAGAUUUCGAUUGUUUGGGGUUACCCAUUGCUUCAUGUUCAAGAAAAGACAUGACAAUAGAGCAACUCCCCCCUGUGUCUGCCUUAGCUAAGGACUACAUUUUAGAACCUAUAUUCAACGGAAAUCUGACUUGUUUCGUCAAAAUUGGGUAUGUCAAUCCAUCGACGACUUUGUUCGGUUUGGAGCAUGUCGUGAUGAAUGUAGAUACGUUUAAAAAUACCUCCACUUCUUUAAUAUUUAAAUUAGGAGACAUGAUCAUUUAUCUGCACGCAUCUUCGCCCGUGUUGGUUCUACAGUAUGUUGUGUCUCAAGAGAUGUUUAAUUCCUUUGAUUAUUCAGCAGCAGUUCAAUAUCCUAUUUCCAAAUGGGAUACUCGUGCAGAGCUAUUAACUUUUGACAACAACAAUACGCGAAUUAUAGUUGCAGCGCCAUGCAAGUGCAUACAAGUAAUUAAAGUCGGAGUAGCCAUUGAGGAACUGUACACACCUUGGACAGCUAAAAGCCGGUCCGGGAUCUCUCAUUUUUGUUCUAGAGAAAUGGUCCUCUUUCCAAACAAUACAGUAAAAAAAAUUCAGAUAAAUGGUGAAACCUGUUCUUUCAGCGGUUUCGUUUUAGGAAAGGAACAGGGAAAUUCUGGUUGGAUCUUUCCGAUUUUGACUUUCAACAAUACUGAGCAUAACUUCACGACUUCUGAACCUGUCACUGACACACACAUCGUUGAGAAAACACCUCACAGCCCUACCCUUCAAUUCAAACGUAACUUGUGCCCAUGCCCGUGUCUUCAUGUAUCCAGGAGUUAUCGAAACCUGCUAAAUGAAACAGUCUUGUCCUCAGAGACUGCAGCUAUCCAGAGUUAUCUCCACAUUCCCAGAGAGAAUCUCUCCAGAAGAGUACGAAACAAAAUGUCCGCCAUAGACCACAGACCGUCCAGUGCAUUAGUAGGCUUUGUCGUGUUUGCCUUCAUAUGUUUGCCAAUAUUUGGGGGCCUAAUACUUAAUGACUGCUACAGAGCAUGGCGAUUUCUUUGUUGCGGGUGCUCUAAGAAAAGAACUGCCACUUAACAAGGGAAUAUAACUAAUUUAUAGAUAUUUGAAUAUGUUCGUUUCUGUAUAGACCUAUUAUUUUUCUCAAAGACUGUGAUGUAAAGGGAACACUUCUCUGAAACGACAGGAGCUUGAAUACAACAUAGGAAAAUAUGGUUUCUGCCCCACCCCCCAACAAACUCAAUAAGAAGACCCCACCCCUACCCUCAAUAGAAAGGGCGAAAAGAAAAA